AUGAGACACAACCAGGAAGCAAGAAAACAGAUUUUAAGUUCUUAAACGCCAUUAGACGAAGAAUAGUUUAAAGUGGUCGUUGCUGGGCUGCGGUAUCUGCCCACUAUGGAAGUUUGUUUUCUCGUCUCACCACCGGCAUCCAGCUGUUUGUAAUGUGCUGCUUCUCAGCGGGUUUCCUGUGUCUUCAAUUUGCUAAACCGUUAUCGACACAUGGGUAAACUUAAUCUACAUUUCUAAGCAUGCAGGUGAAGGAGAUAGAGAGGUGCUGCUGUGUAGUCAAGGUGUCAGAGGCUUUUUCAAACAAGAAACCCGUGAGCUGCAGCGGAGUUCUCGUCCAUCCUCCGACUGAAACUGUGAUCUGCACAGGCCUGCCGUUUUCACGUUUCAUUACCGACCAAGAGCCCUUCUCCUCGGACCGCGGGCUCAGCUUCUUGCCACCGCGCAGCUUCAGUGGAAAACUUACAAUCCGCGUCAGCUUCUCCACUCAGCAAGAUGUGGACACCAACCGGUCUGCGCAGGGAGAAACAUGCACACCCCCCAGAGCCAAAACAACGCGGCAGCGGCAAGUUGCAGCCCGUUUGCUGAUGCUGGUGAACUGCCUGGAGUUCAAACAGGCUUUCCAGGCAGUUUUCCAGGAGGCUGACCACUGGCGUUUCCACGCUGAUGAAGAGGAUGAGGAGCUGAUCAGAGACGCCCACUUCCUCAGCUGGUUCGCCGUGCUCAGGACAGGUGUGGUGGCCGAAAGCCGCCCAGACUCGGGGACCAUCCCCUGGCAGAGCAGCUCGUCUCUCGACAAGGGCUGCCCGGUUGUUGCGUGUGGUUCACCUUUCGGCUCCCUCUGCUCAGACCUCUUCAUCAGCACCCUCAGCAGAGGUAUCAUCAGUAACCUCGCUGGAGAGGAAAACGCUGUCAUCCUCACGGAUGCCCGCUGUUUGCCAGGCACAGAGGGUGGAGGGUUGUUUGUGGCGGAAGGUGCAGUCGCAGUACGUCUCAUUGGGCUGAUCGUGUCACCGUUUGGCUGGAAGGCCAAUGAGUGGAUAGGCCUGACCCUAGUCUGCUCAGUCCACUUGAUCUUGAGGAAUCUCAUCCGCUGCAUGAGCGCUCAAGAUCCACUGCGAGACGCUUGGCUCAAUCCGGGAGAGGCAGGCCUCCACAUGUCCAACACAGCCCAUGAGUCCAAAGCACUUAAAUACCCCACUGUGUGCUUUGUGGACAGUGGGCAGUUCUGGGGCUCAGGUGUUGUUGUCACCUCGCAGCUGGUUUUAACCUGCCGUCAUGUGGUCAACGGGAAGGCUACGGUCACCCUCAGGUUCCAUCACAGGGACAGAGUCCAUGAUAUUGUGGGUGGUGUGCUGUUUUCCACUAAAGUGUCUUCGCCCUAUGAUCUGGCUUUGGUGCAGCUGAAAGAGACUGUCCCAGAGGCUUUGGUCCCUCGGAUGGCUCAGAGUUUCAAUUCAGGGGAAUCUGUAGUUGUGGUGGGGUAUGGUGGGUUGGGUCGGAGCUGUGGUCCGUCCCUCACCUGUGGUGUCCUCUCCAAAGCUAUUACCUUGAAUUACCAGCCCGUCAUGCUUCAGACCACUUGUGCCGUACAAGCAGGGGCCAGCGGGGGUGCUGUGGUGCGGACACACUCGGGGGAACUGCUCGGUAUCGUGUCCAGCAACACAAGGGACUUGGCUGCCAAAGUGACCUACCCACACCUCAACUUCAGCAUCCCAGUGACUGUUUUCCAGAGAUUGUUGCAGCGCUUUCACCAGACAAAGGAUGUUAAUGUGUUCAGGAUAUUGGACACCACAGACAAAGAAGUCAGAAGGGUGUGGAGAUUACAAGGUGCUCAAAGCAAACUAUAACUGCACCUUGAGAUGUGCUAGAGGAAACAGCUGGAUGGUUAAAUCGAAAGGAAUUAUAUGCAAAAUCGCUUUAGGUAAUCAAAUUAAAAUUAUGUGUAUCCUUUUCAAACAAAACUGGUGUUUUUAAAAACGGAUUGUAAUAUGAUUCAUACCUCAAUUCAUAAAUUGAGAUUAGGAAUAAAUUAUUCCUAAUGUUGAUAGGCUCACCCAGAAUCAUGCAGUAAACAAUGUGAAAUAUUUAAAAGUUCACGUAAUGUUAACAGCCAAAUUAAAAUAACUUUAAUACCUUUAGUAAUUUUGUAAUGUAAUGUAAUUACAUUAAUAAAGUAGUUUAUUCUGGUGAUAUUAAGUGUACCCUGGGUAUAUUUCCGUACACAAUAAUUACAAAUUAACCACAUUAUGGCAACUAAAAUACCAAAAGAACAUAAAUAGAGCUUGAAGGCUGAAUAAAGCAAGAUUAAUUAUCCAUACUUACAUACUCUGUAUGUAAAUCAUAUAAGAUCAGAUAAAAUGAUGGCAGAUCUAACACUUCUAAGCCUUAGUUAUUUUAAAAUUCCAGCGGCAGGAGAAGACCGUACAUUUCCUGGAAGCAUGUGUGACAGUUUACACCUGGUUCUCUUAUAUAUAUAUGCUGCAUAAUACGCUGACAGGUUGCUGGAAAGGAUUGGUCCCUUUGGGUAGCCAAAGGACUUGCUGUUGGUAUCAGGUAUUCAGACAUCUGUUGGCAGGCAUACCCACUUGCAGCUAACACAUUUAAGAUUUCACCCACUGGGACAUUACUGCUAAUGAUUUCCAUUAUCACAGAAACCUGAAACUGAGAAAUGACAUUUCAGAGGAUUGGUAACUGUCAGUUUUUACAACGCUAAGACAAGCUUUCUUGGCCUGAGCUCCAGAGGACGUGCGUGCACUGCAACAUAGCGGAAGGUUUCUAUUUCACUGUUCCCGGACUGAGCUGUUGACAGUGGAGAGGCUUGAGCAAUGUCCCGAAGACGCCGUGAAGAGAGUUUUCUAUAGACAUUGUGCCUUUAGAAGUGCUGAUAUGCAGACCUGUGUCUGUAUCUCAUUUCCGCUACUUUCCCAUAGCUGUAAGCUACAGGCCACUGCAGAGUGAGGUGAGACGAGAGAAGUGACCCAACAAUAAUGUCUGCUCCUCUGAGAAAAAGUCAGUGGAGGUUCAUGUCUUUGAAAUGGAAUUACAACAAGUCUUAAAAAGAUGGACUGAUAA